CGUCUACCUGCUACCAUUCGUUGACCUUAACGGAAUCACCCCUGCCUCUUAGGGUUAAUGAAUACACUCGCUCACCAGCCGCCGUAGAGUAUAGUCACCACCGGCUCCAGUGUUUCUGUCCUCCAAAAAAAUAGACAAGGAGUCUGGAAUAUAACUGGUUCUUAUACAGGAGCACACGGAUAUAUUUCUUCUGCCAGAUCACAUCAUGUAUGGGGACGCCGGAGUUGAUGUCAUCAGUUACCUUGUUUACCUAAUGUAAUGGCCCGCUACUAGAGGUGGCCAACUGGCCAUGCUGAGGGAAGGAGGCCAGUGGCCUGUGUACGAUCCCUCCAUUGUUGUUAAUAAUUUUGUCAAGGUGAAACUGUGGAGGACAUCAGCUACGUCUCGCCGAAGGAUGUCAUUUGAAAUAAGAGAGAUGUACAGUAAGGUCAGCUGGUAAUCAACAUGGAGGAGCUUGGAAAGCCAGCAAAAGACUCUCUGAUGAGUAACAACCUUUCGUACUCUACACAGGUCUACGCUGCAUUGUCAGCUUCUCUAGGGGCGCUGGCCAUUGGGAAUAUCAUGGGCUACUCCUCCCCGACCGGGCCACAUCUGCUGAGUAACUCCACGGGGGAGUCACUGCAGCUGAGCCAGACAGAGUACAACUGGUUCUCGUCGUCAGUCAACCUGGGCGCUGCUGCUGGUGGUCUGGUGGGCGGCCUGUGUAUCAACACACUGGGCAGGAGAGGCACCAUGUUGGCCUCCGUCUUGCCUUACCUGGCCGGGUGGGUGCUAGUAGGUUGUGCCCAGAACUUUGCAAUGAUUUUGCUGGGUCGGCUAAUAACAGGUAUGUGUAUGGGCGUGACAUGUGUGGCAGUGCCGACCUUUAUUGCUGAGUUCUCCUCCGCCAACAUCAGAGGCACCCUGGGCAGCGGCUUCCAGCUGAUGAUCACGGUCGGCGUUCUUUACGUCUAUGGUUUGGCUCCGGCCGUCGGCAACUUCCGGUGGCUGGCUGUAUCCUGCAGCUUCCCUAUCGUUCUCCACAUGAUUAUGGUCUACUUCACCCAUGAAUCACCCAGUUAUCUUAUAUCUAAAGGGAGACAUGAGCAGGCAGCAACGGCUCUCCAGUAUUACAGAGGAAAACAUUACAACAUUGAGAAGGAGCUCCGACAACUACAGAGUUAUUUAGAGGAGACUCAGGAAAGAAAGCGUUCACUGGCAGAUAUUAUGAGACCUUACAACCUGAGACCAUUCAUGAUCUGCUUGAUGCUGCUGCUGUCAUCCCAGUUAUGUGGAGUCACCCCUGUCAUCUUUAACAUGGGAAUUAUUUUCAAGGACGCCGGGGUGGGGUUGUCAGAGGAGGUGAGUGAGGUGGUGGUCAGCGUGGUGCAGGUGGCGGUGACUGGCGGCGCCUCCCUCCUCAUGGACCGUGCUGGCAGGAGGAUAAUGCUGUUGCUGUCCGCCGCCAUCAUGGCCGUGUCAAUUGUGAGUCUGGGCGUGUACUUCUACCUGAAAGAACAGGACAGUGUGUGGGCGGCGGAGACCUUGGACUGGUUACCACUCACCUCCCUCAUACUGUUCAUCACCGCCUUCUCCCUUGGUUUCGGCCCCGUCCCUUGGCUCAUGUUCGGUGAACUACUUCCCCUCGAGGUUAAGGAAGCUGCUGGCAGUUUUGUUUCGUUUUUCACUCGUUUAGCUGCCUUCUGCAUUACCCUCGUGUUUGUCCCUCUCCAGACUGCCAUGGGGGACUACGGUGUGUAUUGGCUCUUCGGAGGAGUUUGUCUGCUGGCCUUGGUCUUCACCUUCUUGCUCGUACCGGAGACUAAUGGCAAGACGCUGCAGGAGAUCACAGCACAUUUUGGAGGCCCCACAACCAUGAGUCCAUGCAAUAUGACCCAUGAAGCCUGUGUCGCUGGUCCUGUACAUAAUACAUCGUCAGGAGUGGACAACAAGGCAUACACCGACUCGGUGUAAGCUGCGUAUUAUUUCAGAUAUGUGGAUGUGACAGUGACCGAGUGAUCACUUCGCUAAGCCAGCAAAGAGCUGAUUGAUAGGUUUUGUUUGUACCUGUGUGUGUGUGUGUGUGUGUGUGUGUGUGUGUGUGUGUGUGUGUGUGCGCGUGCGCGCGCUUUGUAACUAACUGUGUAGUAUAUCAGAGAUAGGACCUUCUCAGCAGAAGUGGUACAGAUGAAGUCAAUUAUACAUGGCUUCAAUCAACAAUGUCAACUGACCGCUUGUCUGGACUGUGCAUACUCGUAUACUCAUCAUGAAUCACCAGACGGUGCUAGGCUUGACCAGACUUGGCCAACACUGAAGCAGGUUCCGAUAAAUUCAGGAGCCAGUACUUACCCAGUACUUGCUAACAGUGCGUAACAGAGACGUGACCGACCGCCCAAGCGGCUAACGAGCCGAUCAGCGUUGUAGAGGCUAAAGGUAAAAAAGUAAGUAAAAGUGAUUUGGUCGUUUUGGAGUGGAUAAGCGCCGCCUGCAGCAUUUAUUUAACAACUCAAAUUACUCACCUAAUGUACUGAGCAAGUCAUCCCUACACAGCCAAGCUUAGAGAGUUUGGAGCAAACUUGAAGAGUUGAAGUACCCAAUCUUCUUCCAGUUAAAAGAAGAAGAAACCACAAGAACACACAGGUGGUGGCCCAAGAGCCUCCAUGCGAACAUAGAAGAACCAGACCCACUAUAUGAACAAAUAACACCAUCACUUAACAAAUGUAAAUUAAUACACAUUACAUGAAUGAAUGUCUAGCUAGCUUAGCUCUCCCCUCCCUCCCCCCCCUGGCCUCCCAUGAGCGGGCGGGCGUCUGCUGUGUCUAGCCACCCCAACCAAUUCCCUCGACUCAGCUAGGUGGACAGCCCACCUGUUAUUACUCCCUACUACAUUACUUCUCGUUUCUAUUCUUUCAUUCUCUCUUUCCUCUCCUCUCUCAUGGCAAAGUCAUGUCACUUUACUUCAUCAUCAUCAUCAUCAGGAUUAAUUAUAUAAAAUUAGUUAUUUUCGUUUGUUUUUAAUGAUAAUUUUAGUGAUUAAUAAUUUGGCGAUAACAUUGAUAAGUGAUAUUGCUUGAAAGUAACUUAAUUAUAUUUCAUCAUAAUAUUAUUUGGAUGUAU